CCCGGGCGGGAGAAAGGGAGGAGCCCGGAGGAGCUCUGGCCCUUUGCAACGCUUGGGCCUGGGGUCUUGGCCAAUACGUGGGCUUACAACGCGGCCUGCUGGUGCCUUCGUGGCCUUCUCCCCGCUUCGAGGAUCCCGAAGUGCCCGUUGGCCAGGACUUUACGAAGACCUGCUGUACAGAAUCCUUGUUUUCUCAUGAAACCUGAGUGCAAGAGUGAAAGCAUUCCUUGACUGAUGCAUCCUGACAUGUCAUUCGUUGUGUCGUUUUAUUUGAUCCAUUCAUCCGUUCUUUAAUGAAACAUGGGAGUCCGUGCUCCCGGCGCCGAGCUGAACAACGCUUGCCGCCCCAUUCUUGUGCCCUCUUUGAGAAAGGGCCUCACGGUGACCAAAUUGCCUCUGGACUGCUGCCUGACCAUGGGGGGAGAAUGGCUACGGCCCGGAGUCCUUGCGAUCCACAGAGCACCGUUGACUUGGGAGCCCAGUACAUCACCCGCACUCCCCAUUAUGCUAAAAAACACCAAAGUUUUUAUGAUGAACUGUUAGCUCACGGCCUUUUGAAACCUCUGACCUCUCCAAUUGAAGGGAUGGUAACGAAAGAAGGAGACUGUAACUUUGUGGCACCGCAAGGACUUUCUUCAAUCGUUAAGCAUUACCUGGGAGAAUCAGGUGCCGAGGUCUCCUUCCGACACCGUGUGACCCAGAUCAACCUGAGAAAUGGCAAGUGGGAAGUGUCCAAGGAAACAGGUUCCCCCGAGCGGUUUGACAUCGUUGUCCUCACGAUGCCGGUUCCGCAGAUUCUGCAGCUCCGAGGUGACAUCGCAAACUUAAUUAGUGAAUGCCAAAGGCAGCAACUGGAGUCUGUGCGCUACUCUUCUCGCUACGCUCUGGGCCUCUUUUAUGAAGCUGGCACGAAGAUUGAUGUCCCUUGGGCUGGACAGUACAUCACCAGUAAUCCCUGCACACGCUUCAUCUCCAUCGAUAAUAAGAAACGCAAUAUAGAGUCAUCAGAAGUGGGACCUUCCCUGGUGGUUCACACCACUGUCCCAUUUGCAGUCACAUACCUGGAGCACAGCACUGAGGACGUGCGGGAGCUAAUCUACCAGCAGCUGGAAAGCGUUUUGCCAGGUCUGCCUCAACCAAUUGUCACCAAAUGCCAGAAGUGGAGAUAUUCCCAGAUUGCCGAACUACUCGAUUCCCCUGAACUGUGGAUAACGGAGGGUUCUUUCUGUGUCUCUCAAGUUAUUAAAUGAUCCUGACCUGUAGGUCUCAGGUGUCAUCAUCUCCAGGAUUGUGGUUUGGAGGGCAAUCGACUGACAAAGAAACCUGUCUUCACAUUUUCAGAAAAUAACCAGAUUCAACUGGACUUUCCAAGUCUUACGAUAGUUUCUAACCUUAAAAAGAAAAUUCAGGCUUAAUAUGAAAGUAACAAUUAAACACAAACUGAGAGAAAAUAUAUCGAUCUUUAUCUUCGGCUGUCCCUGAUGGCUGGUGCUGUUACCUUCACGCGCUCUCCAGGAUGCGCUGUGGCAUUUAGACUGUGUCAGGUUUAAUGAAUUUAAUACAACAAGAAAAUUUACUGAGCUAGAAAAUAGAUGCACUUAAAAUAGUUCAAUAUUUGCCAGCUUAGUGGUUCAGCGUAUCACCCACAUGCUUCAGUGACCCACAUGCUUCCUGCCAAUGACUGGCUGCAGAGAAAUUGAUCCCCGGCCUUCUAAACAAGCUACUUGUUGCUAAUUUGAAAAGCAAAAUGGCAAGUGCUAUUUUAUAAUUGUGCAAGGAAAGAAAUUAUUGCGGCCUCUCAGACGAUGAACAGUUCAACAAAAUACUUCUUACCUUGGUGGUAUUGAAGGUUUCACACUCACAUGCCUUGUAUCAUAUAUACACACACAUUGAAAGCAUGGGCAGAAAUUGCUUAUGUUGUAGCACAAAGCAGGCUUUGUGAUCCUACGGAAUGUUGUUACAUGUCCUUUUAGCAACCAACUCAUGAAACACUGAAAUGCCUACAUAUGGUCAAUGUCACUUAUUUUUGAAAGCAGAGAAAGAAAAGGAGAAAUUAAGUGAUUUCUGGUGUGAUAUGAUGAAGAAUAUUGAGAUUCCUUUAAUCAUUUUGCCCCUAUUUGAUCAAUUUGGUUUUACCCUUAAAGUCUAGCAGAAAAGACUCGAACGUGUUAACCGUCUUGUUUUUAAUGAAUGUAAUUCUGGAGCCAUUUGACAGAGAGCGUCCUGAAGUCUGAGGAAGUGUUACGUUUGUCUCAUGAAUGCACAUCCUCCAAAGAAAAGAGAAGGAAAAUGACUUAUAAAGUUGGGGUGAGUUACUUGGAGAAAAGAUUUUUCUAAGUCAUUACUGAGGGCUUUUAAAUAUCAAUUCCUUCCGAGUAUGUUUGCCUAAUAAUGCUGCAUCUGUUUUGAGAACUCUGUGGCAAAUAUGGGAAAAGACUCAGCCCUGCCUAGUAGGUGGAUCAUUUCAGUCGUUUUGAAAACUCAUCUUACAUUUAGAUCCCUCUCUGCGAGGAAAAGACCAAUUUCC